UUUUGCCGCUUUGCAGCCGUUUGGUUUUUCAUUCGAUUUUCGCUUGCAGCAUUUUCAGCAUUUUCAUUUGUAUAGUGCAAGUGGGAAAAAUCAGACGGUCCAACGCCGAUUGCUUAAGUUAAUAAGCGAACGUUUGAGUUUUCCCGUUGACGCCGUUGUAGUUGCUUUAAUUUUGUGCAUUUUUUCGACAUUGCAUCGGUUUUCACUUCACGAGUUGAUUUCCAAACAUUUUUGUACUUUAGUGAAAAUUAAAAUAAAUGAAGUGUUUUAUAAAAAAUAUAUAUGUAUGUACAUAUGUAGUGAAAGAGAUAAAUUGUAAAAUUGAGAUACGCAGCUUUUAAGUUUAUUUACGAAAAUUCAUAACAUAAAAAAUAAUAAUACAAAUUAAAUGUGUUUGCAGUUGUUCUAGUAAAAGUGAAAAUUUCAAAAUUUGUGCAUAUAUCGCGUGUGUAUACAUACAUAAAUACAUAUUUGGAAAUGUGUUGAUGAGUUUGUGAAGCAAGCAAGAAACGGUGCAUAUUUGUGGAAAUCUUGUGAUAGAUAUUCUGAAUAUUUUCUGUGGCAAAUAGAAAGUCAAAGCGUUCUGGCUGGGCAAGAAUUUAACAACAACAAUACAAUUUGUGACAAAUUGCAUAGGAAGACUGUGUGAUACUCACUUAUGACUGCGUUGGCACUGUUGGCGAUGUCGCUUUAAAACGCCACUAUACACAUAAAUAUAUACUAAUAAUUAAAAUUAAAUAAUAAAAAGGGGUGUGAACACACAGUUGGUUGACUGUAAAUUUGUCAGACGGCAGAUAUUCAUCAUACAAAAGUGGAAGCUCGCCAGGAAGAGAUAUCACUUUACGCCUGAGUGACUUCAUUGUACAUGUGAUUUCAUCAGACACAAAGGGACCGACGCCUUCCUUAAAGUGUAAAACUCAGCGUCACACAACAAAGUGUGCAUUUACAACAACGAAUUAUAUCGCCUUUACGGCGCAUAGCGUUUGUGUGACUGACAACUCAUUGCAGUACGGAGCCUCCGCAUGCAUUUCCCCACACCCUCACACAUGCCAUGAUGCGUUACUCGGAAAUCUCCAGAGAAUUAUCGGCAGAUAGUUUGCGUUACGUUGAACUGGGCGAGGAGUAUCUCUAUAAGAAUUUACGUGAAGACUCGCCUCGCAGCGACACUCAUUCCAAUGGUAGCAACGGUUGCAUGGCGCCACCCACGUACACUACCAACAAUCAUCACCAACACCUUACACAACACGAACAAGAGCAACAGCAGCAACAACAACAAGCAUUAAAUUUACAACAAUCACAUCGGCAGCAACAACAACAGCAGCAUCACCGCGUCGACUUCGCUAAUUCGAUGAACAAUUGCGGCCAACAACACACAGCCGGUUUACGCAAUUCCAAACGUUAUUCGUGUGGGCGUAACGGUAGUCAUGAUGGCGCCGCCACCAUUUCCUACAUGCGUCCACGCAAGGAUAGCACACGCUCCACGCAGAGUUGUCAAUUCGAUGCGGAACAGUUGUCGCAAGCCAUCGCCAGCAAGACAAUGCAUGUGAAGAGUAAUCGUCGCAAAAAUUCCAUUGGCUGCCUGAAUUCGUUAAGCUCAUCGCCGGGUUCGCCGGGUUGCUACUACUGCGUUGGCACCGCACCGCCGCCCGGCAAGAGUCAGAGUCUGCCCGCACGCUCGUCCAUGAAUAAUUUAGAUGCGGUCAUUUUGAAUGCUCUACGCGUGCCCGCCGAUGAGUUGGCCAAUCAGAUUACCCUCUUGGAUUUUCCCAUCUUCGCUGCCAUACAACCGGACGAGCUGACCAGUUGCGCUUGGACGAAGAAGGACAAACACGUCGUCACACCGAACAUUGUUGCAUUUACGAAACGUUUCAAUCACACCAGCUUUUGGACGGUGCAGGAGAUAUUGAGCGGUGAACAGCCGAAGCAACGUGCCGAAAUACUGACACACUUCAUUAAGGUGUCCAAAAAACUGCACGAACUCAACAACCUACAUUCGCUGUUCGCCAUCAUUUCCGCCAUGCAAAGUGCCAGCAUUUUCCGUUUGAAAAAGACUUGGUCCUGCCUCUCCAAGAAGGAUCGGCAAGCAUUUGAACGAUUGUCCGAUAUAUUCAGCGAUCAAAAUAAUUGGGAGAACUUACGUGCCUAUUUGGAAAGUUUACGUCUACCAUGUAUACCCUAUUUGGGUUUAUUUCUAACCGAUCUAAUCUAUAUUGAUUUGGCGCAUCCGCAUAAGGGUGGACUCGAACCCGAGCAACGGCGUAAUAAGAUGAAUAAUAUAUUGCGUGUUAUUGCCAAUUACCAGCAAUCGGACUACACGCAUAUAAUGCCACUUGAAGCAACACAGAAGUAUUUGACUUCGAUACGCUAUAUUGAGGAGUUGCAGAAUAUCUUCGAAGAGGAUCAAUACAAAAAAUCCUUGAAAUUGGAGCCCGCCUCACCGUCCGGUCCUAGUUCAUCGUCUUGCAGCUCCAAAGAGUCCUUCAAUAUAGACGCCAUUACACCGGCACUGGCUUGCCUGAAUCUCUCACCCGCCAAAACGAUCGGUUCCAUGCGCAUCGCCAACAGCAGCGGCACCAAAUUCAUACCCGGCCAUCGAAAAUGCCGCAGUCUGGGCACCAAAUUUCGUAGCACAAGUUUGCCGCGAAAUUUCUAUCACAAAUGUCAGUGCUCGAUUCUGAUGAUCGCACCCGGUAUUGGCACCAUUUCGAAUAAGCGUUGUAGAUGCAGUCGCAUUUUCGGCAAAAUCACACAUUCGCACAACGACAGCACCAACUAUGGCAAUCCCACGUUGAUGCUCGGCUACGGCGACGAACACUAUCUGCACGACUACAGUGUGCUCAGCCAGCAGCAAGCGCGCCAUCUACUCGAUGAUUCAGUGUUGGAGCAGAGCAGUAAUAUGUUGAGUAGUGGUGAUGCCACCUCGAAUGAUAGCGUCGAAGGCGCUCUCUGUCACAACAGUGACUUGGAACUGAUCUAUGCGCCCACAUUAGAUCCAGAGAAUUGUGUGCAGGGUUGUGUGCGUCGCAAAACAGUGCAGAAGGAGGGACGCAAGCCCGCCGUGGCCUCGUGGCAACGCUAUUGGCUGCAGAUUUGGGCCAAUUCGCUCGUUUACUUUCCGCCCAAAUCGUUCAAAGGCAGCGAACGCAGCGACUUCAAGCGCGAACCGUGUAAAGUGUGUCCGCUCGAGGGCUGGUUCGCACAGGUCGUCGACAAUACGAAGCAUAAAAACUCAUUUGAGCUGUAUCAUCGCACCUUGGGCACGAUCUAUAAGUUUCGCACGGAUAGCGCGCAGGCGACACAACUUUGGACUGUGUCCAUUUGCAAGAUGGCCAUGCAACGCAGUGCACCCAAGCCGCUGCCCAUCAAUUUAAUGUCAUUUGAGUGAUUUGAUGCGGUAGAUGUAGGGAUCAGGCGCGAAAAUUGUGCUAAAUUAAAAUAACGGUAAAUACAUGGGUAGUGAUUACUUCUAGAUGUUACAGCGCAGGCGGGUGGUAGGAGUUUCAAUGGUUAUUCAUUUCCUCGAGAUCGAGAGCCGUGUGCAAAAUGAAAUUUCCGACCUAUAUACUAUGCUUGUUGUGGCUUAGUUUUUAUACUCAACGCUUGUUUAAUGUUUGUUGCUUUCAUUCAACUUGUCUACAAAUUACGCGAUUACCCGAAAAACAUUGCAGAAACAGCACUCUUCAUAUGAAAGUUGGUGAGCAGGCAACACAUUUUACAAAUAAGCAUUAAUUCUUUAAAGACUGAUACUUGUCCGUGUGAGCGGACUCAACGAACUCAAUGGAGACUCAGUGGAAACUCAACCGAAAUUCUUAACGGAACAAAACGAAAGCAACUUUCUUAUUGUAAGAUUAUUUCAACUUUUUUCAUGCUGAGGAUUUAUAAAAUUUAUUCAUCGAAUUUUUCUAAAACAUACAUAUUUGUAAGGCAUUUUAACUGUUACUCAUACAUAUAUAUUGUAAUUUGUACUUAUUUAAUAAAUCAAGUGCUUGGCUAACAAUACGAAGAGAAAGCUGGUGAAGGUGGAGCGCUAACUUUGAUGUUAAAUAUAUGAGAGUGAGAAGAAAAUUUCAAGUUUGAGCUAAUGAGAGAAAAUAAAAUUUAACGAGUAUUUAAUACUAAACUAUUGCUGAAAAAUCAGAUAUUAUUUGUAAUGUUAUCAUGCAGACGGAAUGAACACAAUGUGAGGUCCCAGGGAAUAAUGGUUUCAAUAAAUUUGCUUAAUUUUCAGACAUUAUCUAUUACUUUUUUAAUUCUCAUUUAAUUUUUAAAAUUUAUUUUUUUUUUAUUUCAUUAGAGUAAAAUGUUCAACAUGUCAAGUAAUGAAUAACUGCAUCUAAUUCUUUAAGAAAUAGUGUUGUAUAUUUUGUUUAUAGAUGAUUUACAGAAUUAGAGAUUACACUCCAGCACAAUAUCAAAAAUUUGUACUUGUCAAAUUUUUAUUUACAAAAAAUAUAUAUUUUUAAACAGAAACCAAUGUUGAACAUUCAAAAUUUUUGCACUGAGUAGCCUUAAAAUUAGAAUAUCAUCUGUACUGUGGCUAUUUUAAUGAAUUGUUUUUAUUGUAAAUGUUUCACACAUGCAAUAUAUAUAAUCAAAAUAAAGUAAAAAUAUAAGAGAUCCAGUCGCUCUACUAAGCUAAAAACAAGAUGCGGAGUAUUUGAAAAAAUGUAAAAAAAUUAAAUAUUUGUCAACCUGUAGCUUUUAUAUAAACACUUGAGCAAAUGUUGUAACUUUUUUAUUCAUUAAAGGCAGAUUUAUAGUUAUUAUAUGCAUAUUGAAGCUUAAUACCUGUCGUUACUCAAUUUCUAAAGUUUAUUAUAAAAUGUUUUGGUGUAUUUUUCUUUGUUUUUGAGUCAAUUUUCAUGAUUUCUGUAAAUUUUCAGAAAUAAUAAUCUUAAUAUUAGUGGCUUGUAUUCUUGAAAUUUGCUGUACACUGAAACAAAAUUUGCAUAUUGUGUAUGGAAAAAAUUAAUUAAUUUGAAGUACUCUCAUUUGUUGAAAUAGAAUUGUUUAAAUGAAAACGCUUUAAAUGGAAAAACAAUGCAAAAUUUUUGGUCAAACAACUAUUUCUCUUUUAAUAUGCAGCGAAUAGAUUUCAAAUAUAUACAAGUAUUUAAAAAACCUGUAACACUUAAAUCACUUACUUACUUUUGUAAGAGAAGACAGUUGCAUAUAGUUUUGAAUCUCAAAACACCAUUUAAAAUUUUUUAAAGCAAAGAAUAUGCAUCAAUUAAAUAACUAAAAUUAAUAAAUUUAAAGUAACUUUUUUUGUAAAUAUGUAUCUGAAUAUUCGAAAAUGUUAAAAUAUGAAAGAUGUUUCAAAAAUAUGAAAUAUAAUGAAAAAUAUAUGCAUUAAAAACUUUAUCAAUUUUUUAAGAGGUUCAAUAUAAAAAAAUAUUCUUUACUUUAUUUUUUUUUGUCAUUUCAAAAAAUUUUUCAUAUAUUUCAACGCCGCUCUUUUCUCUCUCUCUCUCUCUCUCAGAUGUUCAGUUAAAAUGCCCAGUAAAAUACAUGUUCUAUUGUAAUAGUUAUUAAUUUUCAUACGAUUAACCUUAAAAUUAGUAUUAUAUUUAAAUUACGAUUUACUGUUAGCAAAUACAACGACUUAACAUUUAUAUCAUCAUACUUUGCCUUAGCGCUUUGCGAAUACUCUCUUUUACACACUCACACACAUCCACACAUACAUACAAAUAUUGUAAAUUCUGUAAGCGUUUCACGUACUUUGUACACACACAAAUGUAGUCGUUAAUUAGUGCUUAUGUAUUAGUUUUAUAUGCAAAAAUGUAACUGUUAAUUGCUUAUUUAUAUAAUACGCUCAUAUGUUAUACAUAUUUAAUAUAGAAGGAAAGAAAUAAUGUACUGUUAGCUUUAAAUUCAUAAGGAGGGAAGCCUAAACAAUUUGUUCCAAUGCAGACAUGUCCGCGCUGAGGAGGCAAACAAGCUGAAAAGAGAAAUGAAGAAUGAAAAAUGAGAGAAUUUUUAUAUAGCAUACCUAACACCGUUAAAGAAAAAAAAAUUAUUUUGUAACAGUAUUUAGAAAAAAAUGACUAAGUAAAGCUUACACUUUAUAAAUUGUAAGUGUGAUUUGGCUCUCGAUUUUGGUGUUUGCGUCUCCUCGGCGUGGAUGUGUAUGUACAUGUAAUCGCAAAGUUCCAUUAAUACCAUGCCAACAAGCACACACAUACAUAUGUACAACAACAAAAACAGAUUAAAAUAAAUGAAAGAAUAAAAUUAAAAUGAACAGCAAAAAAAUCAAAAUUACUAUUGCACCCUGUAUAUGUAUGUAUUAUGUAAACUUAAGCACACAUACAUACUCAAAAACAUUUUUAUUGAUUUUUUAAAUUUAUUAUAACGCAUAAAUCAACAUAUUGCGGCUCUAUUACAUACAAAUAAACAUAUAUAAAUUUAGACAUCUUAAUAAAAAUUAUAGGGAAAUUACAUAUAAUAUACAUAUGUAUCAGCUGUUAUUUACGCAUGCAAUUGCAUGUCAUUUGCUUUGUUUUCUUUUUGUUAUAGGCGUGCUUUUUUAUUGUCAUGUAAUGUAAGCGCAACGCUUCGAAAUAAUAUAUCUACUAUUGUUAGUUUUGCAUACCUACGAUAUUUAUAUACAUAUUUACGCAUUGCAAUGUAAACUAAUUUUUUUUAUAAAAUACAUUAAUGCACACAUACAUUUAUUACAAAAGAUAUUUAAACACAUAUGAUGCAUGUACUCAUCGUCUAAAGGAUGUUAAGCGUAAAAAGAACAAAAUCACAAAGAAAAAAAAUUAAAAAGCCAUUAAACAAGAAAAGAAAAUAAAUAAAACGAUUUAUAAAUAAAUGAAAA